CUGUGGUGAUUAAAUUAACCUUUUAGCAACUAUUUGAAAAACAAUGGGCAUGAGAGGCUAUAAAAAUCUUAGCUGUGCUGGAGUUUGUCCUUUUUAACAGAAAACCUUCUUGGAGAGCUGCUGGACUCAAAAAGAGGUAAGACCUUGUGCCUUUAACUCUGAAACUAUAAAGCCACUUUUUGCCCAGGCUGUCUUAGUAAAUAAUGGUGCCUGUAUGUAUUUCAGGGGUGGAUCUGUUUAGCAUGGAACCAGGCCAAGGCACACAUGGGGGGGAACAGAACAACCAUGUCCCUGCAACACUUUAUCCCAUAGUAAAAGUACAGUCAAAACAUGAGAAAUCCUUAGACCAGAGGGAAAACAAACUCAAAAGAAAAAGGAAGGAGACGGCUGAAAAGGAAAAUUCACCAGCAUCAGUGACUGAAGGAUGCAUGAAGCCCUGCAGGGGCAACCUUUCUGAAAAUGCUGUUGUCAGCGCUACAAGGACAAGGACACCUCCUCCAGAACCACUAAAGAACCAGGAAUCUGCUUUGAGACCUUUAACAACGCAAAACAGCCCAGAUCUCAUAUACGUGAAACCCAAGGACAAAACAAAAGACUCUGGUAAAAAACCACCACACAAACACAACUCCAGUUCCUCAGCGGUCACCGCCACACCAAGCCCUGAGGAAACUGUGAGCGAAAAUGCCCACGUUCACAACCCCAGAGCACGCACUCUAGGGGUUCUGAAGGUGCGCAGACCUGGAGCAUGUAGUGUAUGGGCUCCAUAUAAAAAACCAUGGACUAGAAGCUUCUGCAAUGCCGAGGUGCUGCAACCACACAAACACGAUUCCAGUUCCUCAGCGGCCACAGCCACACCAAGCCCUGAGAAAACUGUGAGUGAAAAUGCCCACGUUCACAAACCCGGAGCAUGCGCUCUAGGGGUUGUGAAUAAAACACCGAGCACUGACAAAACAUUCUCCCAAAACCAUAAGCUCGCCGCAGCUCCCCCGAGUUCUAGUGUUUGGGAAGAGUUUGAUGCUUCCAUCAGAAAAGUGAUGGAUGCUGUAUCCUUGGGGAGUCUAAAAGAACGGCCUUCUAGAAAGACUUGGGAAAAAUAUGAUUCUUUGUUCAGAGCAAUGCUGAAAGACAGGAGGGUUGGAAAGGGUGUCUCUAAGCAGGCAUGACUAGUCGUGGAAAGGGGCCUGGGUAAAAGGGGCACCCUCCAGGGUUCACACCAGCUCAUGUGUAAACAAAAGGGGGGACAGCGCUUGGGGGAUAAACAGAUGGCUGCCAAAAAGUUCCAGGCCAGGGUGGUUGUAAAACUUUUAAAAAGGGCUAAAGAGUUCAUGAGGAAAAAAAAACAAAAAGAGAUGCCUCCUACUGGAGGCUCUCAGACUGGCUUCUCUGAAAAUGGGGAGAUGGAAUCAGACUCUGGUUUAGUAAAUUCCCCAGAGGGCUCUCUAGAUGGGCCCCGUUCCUCUCCCAAUGACCCUCAAAUAGCAUCUGAUGUAGAAGAUGUCGCUAACGAUCCUGUAGAGGAACCCCCAAGUAACCCCGAAAAUGCAGAGGUGUAUAUGGAAAGAGUGAGAAGUUGGCAACGUGAAUUACUUAGAUUCGGGGGGUCGGUAUAUUGUGAGGAAUUUCGUUUUGUCAACCUUGAGCAAAUAAAUUCAGCUCAGCAGGUUGUUGAAGCCAUACACCGGGGAAUACAGUCGGUCCUCGAUGACAUUAAUGGUAGGGUAGGCCCUGAUGAUUACGUUCAGUUACGUUUAGAGAGCCGUAAUUUAGCUAACGCUUUGUUUUCAGUCAGAAGAACUAGGGAUGAGCUAUCUGCUGAGGAUUUCUUAAAUCACACCUCAAAGCUGCUACAGAGCAAUAGAGAGUUGCAUCUCGAUGGGACAUUGCGCCUUGUUGUGACAGUUGUAAAAAACAGGGGUGGGGGUGCUCGUAGAGUUUUAAAUUCUAUUCUGAGUAGUCAAAUUAUUCAUAAAAAAAGACAGUGUUUGGUAGACCUGACUUACGCCGGUA